CUACUGCGUCCGCCAUAGUCGUUCUCAGAGAAUUUGGUAAUGGCAGAAGAUAGUACAACGCACCGCGAACGUGUUCUCUUGUGUUCUUAUUUUUGCUUGAAAUUACUAUGUAUUGAAUAAGGUUUCAAAUAUAGGAAAAUUCGAAUCGUAUCACUGUGUCCUUAGCUCUAUACCGGGUGAAAGAGAAAUUGAUGGAAGUGUUGUAGCUAAUGUUAUCUGUACCAUUUUCAUCAUUUGGUUAUCUUUUUCAGUUUUGUAAGAUUGACUGUGGACUUCUGUAAACAUAUAUUAUACGUAUAUAUUUUUGAAGUUCUUCGAGAGCAAGUUCUAUUAACGUGUGUUUUCCUCCCACGAGUGUGUAAGCAGCAAAAAUUUAUUUCCCUACAUCUAUAAUAUAACGAUAACCUAAUAAUACAUUAUUACUUUUCACUGCUUACAAUAGUUCGUAACCUAUAAACUUGAUAAAUUUUUACAAUAAAAACAAUACAAUUCAUCUAUUGAAAAAAUGCUAGAAAUAACAUGCAAUGACCGUCUUGGGAAAAAAGUUAGAGUUAAAUGUAAUCCAGAUGACACAAUAGGGGAUUUAAAGAAACUGAUAGCUGCUCAGACUGGAACGCAUUGGGAAAAGAUUGUUUUGAAGAAAUGGUAUACCAUUUUUAAGGAUCACAUAAAAUUACAAGAUUAUGAAAUUCAUGAUGGUAUGAAUUUAGAACUUUACUAUCAAUAAUUAAUUAAUAAUUAAUGUUAUACAAAUUAUUGUUAAAUAUAAACACAAUAAUAACAAUAAUAACUUUUAUAUUUAAGCACUUCAUGAUUUUAUAUCUUAUAUAGUAUUUAAGUGUACAAUGUA